CCGAAAGUGAAAAUAGAGUGACUGAACAUGAAAAUUAGAAAUUGUAUGUACAGUGAAACUAAUUCCACAUACUGGCAGUCAUAAGAGCUGGAGACGAAUAUGCCAUUUUAAAAGCCUCAAUAUGUCGGGUCUUCGUCUUUCAUUAAACAAAGAAAAGAUAGUGAGUAAGUAAAUGGCAGACAAAUUGCAAGGAGUGGAGAGUUCCGCCAUCAGUAUACUGAAACGAGCUGUGGAGCUGGACUCUAGCAAGCGGUAUGAUGAGGCCGUCACAUGUUAUCAGGAGGGACUGCAACUAUUGCUGGAGGUGAUGAAAGGGGUGUCAGAUGGGGCCAAAAAGGAGAAAUUUCGACAGAAGAUGCUAGAGUACAUGGCAAGAGCAGAGGAACUGAAAAAGUUUGUCAGGGAUGAGAAGACAGCUGGAAAACAGCAUGAACAGAUUCAGAUUGAGAGCAAUGCCACAGGUUACAGCUACGAGACACUGUUUUCCAGAUUCCUCAACCAGUUUUUGACAGAAAUUGAAGUGGAGGAUCCAUACAUUCGGUCUCAUCAUCAGAUAUACAAUUUCCUGAGAUUUUGUGAAUUGGUUGUGAAAUCCAAAGCUCCAGUGAAAGAGAUCCGGCUGUUAACUGGGAGUGAUGAGAAUCCCGAGCUCCAGUCUCAACAGCAUGAUAAGUUGGGACAGUUGUCAGAGAGCCUACAGAAGCACAAUAUAAAGCUGACCAUCAAGUACUCUGACACUCUGCAUGAUCGAGAGAUCAGGUUUGACACUGGAUGGGUGGUGAAAAUCGGCAGGGGUUUAGACAUAUAUAAAGCUGCAGAGAGCAAGUUCUCCAUUGGAUUUUGUGACUUUGACCUUCGACCGUGUCAUCAGACUACCAUAGACAUUUUCAACAGGAAGUAUAUGAAAGACAGUGUUGACACAGCUGAGGAUACGGUCUGACACAUGAGUGACUUCCCUUACAUGCAUCCAUCCAACAGUAUCAUCAAUCACUGUAGUUACCAAUGAAUACAGCAACUGUGUGGCCAGUCAAAUAUUAUGAUUGCCAAAUAGCUACAUCCAGUUGGCUACUUUCUUGUACUUAGCAUAGAGAUAUUGUUUACAACACCUUGUGAUCAAGGAAAAACUUUCAAAGAUAUUCCUGCACAUAUGAAGCCCCUAAGUUUGAAUGUUUCUGGCAUUAUAUAUACUAGUGUGUUUAGCUCUAAUCCACCUAAGUGAAUUGAUGAUGAUAACUUGAUAUUAUUACUUAACAGAAUAUUGAAUACUAUAUUAGUAUAUAGUGUUAUUUAGUAUGCAUAGUACAUUCAUUAGUUAUAUAUCUAAAGAGAGAUAAUUCAGUUUCCCCAUUGUAGAAUAUUGCAGUUGACGUCUUUUUCCUCUUGAUUUUAUUUGAAUGUAUAAAGAUCUAAUUCUUAACAAGUACACAUCUAGCAUAUGGACAAUAAAGCCGAUGAAACUAUCAGCACGCCAGUUGUGGCUUUAUAUGUAUACAAAUGUAUUGUUAGAUUAAAUGUGUUUAUUAAUUAU